UAGAGUCUCCUGUGUAGUCCAGGAUGGGGCUCCACAUCAGCGCUGAAGGCGGGUGGAGGAGGCCUUUCUGGACACAUGUGGAUCCCUCUGUCCACAGACAAAGCUGAGAAAGCCCAAGAGUCCCGUGCCUGGGCUGAGCCUGAAGGUCCCUGGGGUUUAGGGCCAGGGCACCUAGAAGUGCCUUCUCCUGCCAAAGCCUCGGGAAGAAUCAGCUCAAAUCCCGCCAAGCUGGUCUGGAGUGUCUACGUGUCACUGUUUCUCACUCAGGGCUGGAGGCAGGACAGACAGGGGCUGCCCGGCAUGGUGCUGUAUCUUCUUCGAUGAAGCACUUAGAGCCCAGGGAGUGAAAUGUCACUAGACUCAUCUUCCCAGUCCUAGCCAGGUGCUCUGCAGCCUGGAAACCUUCCGGGCUGAGCUGUUGCUCACUCCUCUGGGCUCCCACAGAUGUCGGGUAAACCUCGGUCCCUGCUUUGAUCCCAACAUCUUUAAAUCCUGGCAUUUGGCAAAUCUGUGUUUGGAUUCUGGCUUUGUCUGCUGUCUGCUAGCUGUGUGACCUUGGACAAGUGACUUCACCUCCCUCAGCCUUGGCUUCCUCACCUGGAGAGUGGGGUAACAGUGAUGCUUGACUUAAAUGAGAUGUGGUAGGUGGAACUAUUAGCCUCCUCACCCCUGGUUCCUGCCCCUCACGUGGCCUUAGAGUCUGUUCUCACUGCAGGGCUCUGCGGUUGCUAUGUCCUUGGCCCAAGGACACUUGGAACCUGGCUGAGCCCUUGGAUGAAAGAGCUGCCUGGCUGUUGGGGUCCAGAGGGGCAGAGAUCGCCCAGGGCUGUCCAGCGAGGGCAGAGGGCCAGGCACCACCUGCAGGGUGCUGGGGUGAGCCACCUGCUAUCCCCAGGGAGGGAACUCAUGAAUAUUCAAACCAACCGAGGUGGGAGGGAGCCAGCCAGCCCGCUGCUGGGUGUCAUUGGAGCAUUCCUGUCUCCCAGUGACCGCAGAGGCAGCCGGGGAGUCAGACGUGGCUCUGGCAGAGAGAGGAAAGGGGUGGCCAGCCACAGCCCGAGGUGCCUGAGAUGCUGCCGCCCCCGCAGAAGAGGCGCUGGGAGUCCAUGGCCAAGGGGCUGGUGCUGGGCGCUCUCUUCACCAGCUUCCUGCUGCUGCUGUACUCCUACGCUGUGCCCCCGCUGCACCCCAGCAUGGCCUCCACGACCCCGGAGUCCGCAGCGCCCUGCUCUCCUGCUCCGGGUGAGCCCGAGGCGGUGACUCCCGCCAACGGCUCCGCGGGAGGAUGCCAGCCGCGCCGCGACAUCGUGUUCCUGAAGACGCACAAGACGGCCAGCAGCACGCUGCUCAACAUCCUGUUCCGCUUCGGCCAGAAGCACCGGCUCAAGUUCGCCUUCCCCAACGGGCGCAACGACUUCGACUACCCGGCCUUCUUCGCCCGCAGCCUGGUGCGGGACUACCGGCCCGGCGCCUGCUUCAACGUGGUGGGCAACCACAUGCGCUUCCACUACGACGAGGUGCGCGGCCUGGUGCCGCCCAACGCCACCUUCAUCACCGUGCUGCGCGACCCCGCGCGCCUCUUCGAGUCCUCCUUCCACUACUUCGGGUCGGUGGUGCCCCUCACGUGGAAGCUGUCGGGCCGCGACAAGCUGGCCGAGUUCCUGCGGGACCCCGCUCGCUACUACGACGCGGGCGGCUACAACGCGCACUACCUCCGCAACCUGCUCUUCUUCGACCUGGGCUACGACAGCGGCCUGGACCCCGGCAGCCCGCGGGUGCGGGAGCACAUCCUGGAGGUGGAGCGCCGCUUCCACCUGGUGCUCCUGCAGGAGUACUUCGACGAGUCGCUGGUGCUGCUCAAGGACCUGCUGUGCUGGGAGCUGGAGGACGUGCUCUACUUCAAGCUCAACGCCCGGCGCGACUCGCCGGUGCCGCGCCUCUCGGGGGACCUGUACCGGCGCGCCACGGCCUGGAACAUGCUGGACGCGCUCCUCUACCGCCACUUCAACGCCAGCUUCUGGCGCAAGGUGGAGGCCUUCGGGCGGGAGCGCAUGGCCCGCGAGGUGGCCGCGCUGCGCCAAGCCAACGAGCGCAUGCGGCGCAUCUGCAUCGACGGCGGCCGGGCCGUGGACGCCGCCGCCAUCCAGGACUCGGCCAUGCAGCCCUGGCAGCCGCUGGGCAUCAAGUCCAUCCUGGGCUACAACCUCAAGAAGAGCAUCGGGCAGCGGCACGCGCAGCUGUGCCGGCGCAUGCUCACGCCCGAGAUCCAGUACCUGGUGGACCUCGGGGCCAACCUGUGGGUCACCAAGCUCUGGAAGCUCAUCCGGGAUUUUCUGCACUGGUGACAUCCCUGCGGUCCAGGUGCCCGCUCGCCACUCCCCGGGGAGGGGCUGAGCAGGGCCCCUCUGGUGCUGGCCUCCCUCUGCCCCUCCUGGUGCCACCUCGGACCCCCGGGGUGAGGCGGGGCUAGCAGGGGGACGCAGCCAGCCAGGACUAGGCCCACAGCACACAGAGAGGGCCUAACCGAGAUCAGUAUUUGACUAAUUAUACCUUUUUUUUAUUAAACCCCCUUCCCUCCAAAAAGAGAAUGUUCUAUUUCCUGCCUCCCCUUAAAGGAGAGACCUCAGAAGUAAAGGAAUUUCAUGUUGUGUUUUUGUUAA